GCUCGCAGUGCCACCGUUCUUCUAGAAGGAACAAGUGUCUAUUUGCCUCCAAUCGACAACGCUGAGCUGCUGCUGGAUGGUUUGUGUGCAUUGCGAUCGAGAGAGAGCUGAGAUCAGUUUUUUCGGAACAAACUUUCGGCAACAGAAUUGUUGAUUGCGUUGCGGGAAGGGAUCACGCCGAGGUAGCCAUGGAAGGUCAGGUUGGUGCAGGGAAGCGCAUUCUGAUUUUGGCGACCUCUCAUGACAAGCUAGGAAAUACUAAUCAAGCCACUGGAUGCUGGGCUGAGGAAUUGACGGCUCCAUACUACAUCUUUAAAGAUGCGGGUGCCCACGUCGAUGUUGCAAGCAUCAAGGGCGGGAAGAUACCAAUGGAUGAGGCAAGUUUUUCGGAGGGUUUUGUAACCGAUCAUGUGAAACGCUACUUGGAAGAUGAAGAGCUGAAACAACGUGUUGAGCACUCUCUUUCUGUGAAGGAUGUUUCCGGAAACUACGAUGCACUUUUCGUUCCUGGUGGACAUGGUAUUAUUUAUGAUGGACCAGUGGAUCAGGAUUUUAUUGCAUUGGGCAACCGGUUUUGGGCAGAAGGAAAGAUUAUAUCAUCUGUGUGCCAUGGACCAGCUGGUCUAGUGGGCAUGACUGCCCCAGAUGGUACUUCCAUCUUCAAGGGCAAGAAGGUGUGUGGAUUUUCUAACGCAGAGGAGGAAGCUGUUGGAAAGACUAAUGUGGUGCCAUUUCUUCUAGAAGAUAAGCUCAAAGAACUCGGUGGAUUGUACGAAGCUGGACCUAACUGGCAUCCGAAAGCUGCUGCAGACGGACAGUUGGUUACUGGACAGAAUCCAGGGAGCUCGGCUAAAGUGGCUGAAUUGGUUCUGGAAGCUUUGUCCAAGUAAGCGUUGUUUCAGUAUAUUGCAACCUGGAUACUCAUAAUUGGAAGUUGUAUACAAGAGAUAAACUUAUCUUGGAUAAUACCUGUAUGUUUGUGCCUUCCUGGUGCAUUUGUGAUUAUCAAGUAACGAUUUGAUUUUAGCCUAUAUGGUUGCUAUUUUUGCUAUUCUGGGAUUGUGAUAAGUUGCUGCAACUGAAUGAAAAUAUGUUGGCAUUUGCGCUUUCUUCU